GCCAAGGUCUUGCAAAUGGUUUUCUACACAUUUCUCGAGACAAGUCUUGUAACACUGUCAUUACUUCCACAUUUUAUAGCAUUGUUUAGUGAUGGAGAAAUACCUGGAACUCCUGGCACCCUCGCAACCACUUUUCUUGUCUUUGUCCUGAAUCUGGCUUUUGCGUUGAGUGUUAUGGGGUUUCUGAUAAUGCACAUAUCAUUGGUGGCUGCCAACACCACAACAAUCGAGGCAUAUGAGAAGAAAACCACUCCAAAAUGGCGCUAUGACCUUGGUCGAAAGAAGAAUUUUGAACAGGCGGGAAAAGAGCAGGACACUCUGUUUCCCUCUACCACACACACUCAGAAUCUGCGUUCUAUCGUCUUCCAACAACAGGACAAUAUGCAGAGGAGAAGAGAUGGUCGAGAUGACUUCUUCCAUUCAGGUGACCAGUUGGGUAGUUUUGGGGGUUAUGGUGAUGUUAGAAGAUCCCAUGGAAGUAUGAUGCCUAGCCAUUUUGGAGAAAGGGAUCAUCACCAUAGAAGUAUGAUGCCUAGCCAUUUUGGAGAAAGGGAUCCAUUUGAUGAUCCCUUUUUCACUCGCCCAUAUGGAAGCUUGUUUGAUUCUGGCAGUGGUGAGAGGAGACUGAAUGAGGAAGAUGAAGGCACUUGGGUUGAGAAGGAUAAUCAUCAAAAGCAUUCUCGGUCGAUCAAAGAACCAUCUGUUGAGCAUCUGGACUAUGAAACCGAUGAGGAACAUUCCCAGGCUAGCAGAGUCGGUGUUCAGACUUGUAGAGUCACAUAUGGCGGUGUUAAUGGAGCAUAUUACACAUCUACGAGAACCACAAGGGCUGGCACUGAUGGAGUGAUGCUUGAGGAGAGUAAAGAAGCAGAUAGAACAACAGGUCAAGCGAAACAUAGAAUCUCUAGAGGGAUUCAUGACAAGGGUCACUCAGUUACAAGGAAGUUCAAUUCGGAUGGUAAGACGGAUACGCUGCAAACUUUACACAAUCUAAAUGAAGAUGAGCUUGCUGGUUUUGAAGGUGCUUGGAAAGGUAAUGCUCAAGGAAAUUUGCUGGGCCAGGAAGAUGGAUUUCAUAUGCAUGGCAAUGCAGGUUCUAGUUGCAGUAAACAUAAGAAGGCAGGUUGGGGAGGUUGGGCCCUCCCAUCUGUAGAGCGGCACUGGAAAGCUGGAGGAAUGAAACCAGACAAUGAAGCCAGAAACAAUUUUCAUGCUGGGAGAACCAAAAAGGCGGUCAGAAUCAAUAUAGAAUAAAUUAUAGUGUUGGAGUAUUUUACCUGUGUUAUCAAUAUAGAAUAAAUUGUAGUGUUGGAGUAUUUUUACCUGUGUUAUCAAAUAUAGAAUAAAUUAUAGUGUUGUUACCUGUGUUGUCAAUAUAGAAUAAAUUAUAGUGUUGUUACCUGUGUUAUCAAUAUAGAAUAAAUUAUAGUGUUGGAGUA